GAUAUUAUCUGAUAAAGAUCUGAGAAUCGAAGGAACGACGAAGACGUUCAGUAAAGUGUAAGGUUCUCCGGAUAUUUGACGCUGAAAGCUUUUGUCGAAUAGUCAAACGGAAAAAGCAAAUCAAAAGCUUCCGUUCAAAGCUUCAUUGUGGUGACGUUACUUAAACGAAUGUUCCACGAAAACGAGAGGAGUGUCGAUGUUGAGCUAUUAGCCGAAUGUGGACAAAUAGCACAUCGUCUUCGAACUCUGGAACGGACGUGGGCCAUUGAAUUGAAAGAAUUACAAAAGCAAAGUCUCAUCAAUUUUGGGUUGCCGCCUCUCUCGUCAUCACUUUCGUUGACACAAAAAUUGAAUGAAAUAUUUGACAAUAAUGAGCACAGUAGUGCACUUGCUAUCAAUUACGAAGUAAAUGAUCCAGAAAUCGUAAAUCAUUUGAGAUAUUUGGAAGACAUCGCCAUAAAAAUAAGUCAUCAACAAGAUUUGUUGAAUCAAACCGUUGGACAUAAGCGAGCGACGAAGACAACAAACAACAGAAAGACUUUCAGUAAAAGUAAUAUGAAUUAUUCAUCAGCAACGGCGAAGAACAACAAUAAUGACCUUACGACUUCGCCAACUGGCGUUCAUGAGCUUAAAAAUGAUCAAUAUCAACAACAACAGCAACAGCCUUGUACCACGAGUGGUGUUGGCAGCAGUCGAGACAAUAACAAUAAAUGUUUAGCUUUUGACGACGCUGAAAACGAAUCAAAUCAGUUUAACAAUAAACAGUAUCAAAAUAUUUAUCAUCAGCAGCAGCAGCUGUGCGCAAAAGUCAACAACAAUGAUCUGAAAAUGUUGUUACAUGAACUUAAACGAAAAGUUGAUUUCACAGAGAAAAUGAAUUGGUUAUCCUUGUCUAACCGACCAAAUCCUCCACCACAACGUAAGACAAGUCUGCCAAAGCACAGUGAUGUGAAAACGAAAUUUAUUGAAAUAUGUCAAACGACACUUUCGGAUGAUGUUAAAGUAGCAUUACGUCUGCCAUCAUUCGAUUCAUACGAUUACGAGGACUACGAAAUUUUACAUUUGAUGGAGAUGAUGUUUGUGGAGUUGAAUUUUAUUGAGAAGUUCCACAUAUCGCCAGCAAGGCUCCAGGAAUGGCUCUACGAAGUCUACAAGCAUUACAAUGACGUUCCAUUCCAUAACUUUCGUCAUUGCUUUUGUGUGUCGCAAAUGAUGUAUGCAAUAACAUGGCAAACAAAUUUAAUUUCACGUCUCGGUGAGAUGGACGUCUUCAUUUUGCUGAUAUCAUGCAUUUGUCAUGACUUGGAUCAUCCUGGCUAUAACAAUGUUUAUCAAAUUAAUGCAAAGACGGAACUGGCGUUGAGGUACAACGACAUUUCUCCAUUGGAAAACCAUCAUUGUUCUAUUGCUUUCCGGCUUCUGGAAUUUCCAGACUGCAAUCUUUUAGAGAAUAUCACCAAAGACAUGUACAAGGAGUUACGUGAAGGUAUUAUAAGAUGCAUAUUGGCAACUGACAUGGCGAGACACAAUGAUAUCUUAACACAGUUCCGAGAAAUUAUUCCCAUCUUCGACUACAAAAAUAAUUCUCAUAAGAACUUGGUGAGUUGA